AUGUUAGAAGGGCCGAUUGGUGCAGCAGCGUUUAAUAAUGAAUUCGGCCGUCCUAAUAUAACGGGUUAUUUUCGAACUUAUGAGGCCGAAGUGUCCUGUGCCAAAGGCAGGGAGUCGCGUGGUUAUCAUAAGCCGAUUAUGUUAGCUGGUGGUGUAGGUAAUAUUCGCCCCAAUAAUAUUGAAAAGAGAGAUCUCCCUGAGGGUACGGCGAUUGUGGUCUUAGGUGGCCCGGCGAUGUUAAUCGGUCUUGGUGGCGGCGCAGCUUCUUCAAUGACGAGCGGAACCAGUGCUGAAAAUUUAGAUUUUGCGUCAGUACAGCGUGGUAAUCCCGAAAUGCAACGGCGCUGCCAAGAAGUAAUCGAUCGUUGCGUAGCAAUGGGAGAGGCCAGUCCAAUUUUAUCUAUCCAUGAUGUUGGUGCUGGAGGUAUCUCCAAUGCCAUUCCUGAAAUCAUUAACGAUGCCGGGCGUGGUGGCAAAAUUGAAUUACGCGCUGUACCCAAUGAUGAGCCUGGCAUGGCACCGAUGGAAAUCUGGAGUUGUGAAGCACAAGAGCGUUACGUAUUAGCGAUUGAUGCGGAUCGUUUAGAGUCAUUUGAAGCCAUUUGUGAGCGUGAGCGCGCAGUGUAUGCGGUAGUCGGUGAAGCCACCAAAGAGCAACAACUCAUCGUUGGCGACGCUUAUUUUGAAAACUCACCUGUCAACAUCCCGAUGGAUGUGCUACUGGGCAAGCCGCCGAAAAUGUUGCGAGAGGUGCACCACCAAACUUUCCAUAAGCCCAAGUUUGAAUGGGCUGAUUUAGCGUUGGACGAAGCGAUUGAACGCGUAUUGAGUUUGCCUACUGUCGCGUCAAAAUCGUUCUUGAUCACCAUUGGUGACCGCAGUAUUACAGGCAUGGUGAAUCGAGAUCAGAUGGUCGGUCCAUGGCAAGUACCCGUGGCCGAUGUGGCGGUCACCGCAGCCGAUUAUAAAGGGCUACAUGGUGAAGCAAUGGCCAUUGGAGAACGCACUCCCAUUGCGCUGAUCAAUCCAGCGGCUUCUGGACGUAUGGCGAUUGCCGAAGCGAUUACCAAU